UAUUAUUAAUACCUUUAAUGAAUAAUUCAGUAGGCUGCUCCGGAUCAGAUUUCAUAAAACUAUAAAUGAUGCCAAUAUCUGAAUACUUUCAUCUGAAAACGGAAUGUUAUAGGAAGAAGGAUUUAGAUACAAAGCUGAUAAUAAUUAGAUGGUAAAUCAAAACAAUUCGAAACACAAAUCUGACCAUGUUUCGGUUAAAUUAUCAUCUUAGACAAAUUAUAUUCAUCAAAAUUAUACACGGAAUAAACAAUUCAAUUCAAUUCUUCAACUAAGGACUUUUACAAAAGGCAUAUGUCGACUGGACAGAUAGAAGAUAACAAAUCUGAUCCUUAUGCAUAUAGGAAUUAUCUUAAAUAUACUCUACUAACCUCCCCAAAACUAAGUAGCUCUAAUGCUGAAACCAACAAUGAUGUGAGUGGGGAGGAAAAUAGCACAGACGAAUACACACUAAGUCCAGUAACUCCGUUUGAUCAUGAUCUUCUUCCCACGUCAGAGUUCAUAAACAACAAUGGUGUCAAUAAGGAUGCUAAUAAUAGAAUUAACGUGGAAGGUUUUUGCACAAACACCUCGAUCAAGCAUAACAUGCCAAAAAAGCGAAUUGUCGCGAAUAACAGUUAUUACGAAGAUAAAAACGCUUUUAGGCUUUCUUGUUUAAAGGAAAAUAAAAAUCUAAAGAAUGGUCUGCCCCAAAAAUAUAAUACAGUUGAUGGACAAGUGAAAUCAAUAGGUCCUAUUAACAAUAAAGGUAAUAAUAAGCCUGAAAAUAUUAAAUUCAUGAUAAAUAAUGAAAAUCAAAGCAAAGCAGCUACUAAUAUAAGUUCCAAUUUACGCGUCAGUAAAAAAAAUCCAACUCAAAUCCGGAAUCGAAGUCUAGAUUUUAUCGAUACCACCCGUUUUAAUAUGGUUAGUAGUAACCUAAUUAGCUGUCCAGAAUCUCAUUAUAAUUCUAAAGAAAUUGUUCAAAGGACUCCAAACAAUGCUUACGUCCAGUCAAAUGGCAAUUUAUAUGAUGACACUCUAAAUUUUUCAGAUAAGGAAUUUAUGCAUCACCCAUUACCAAAAACGGGGUCCAGCAAUUAUAACUCAUUACACAAUUCCAAGGCGUAUCGAUUUAAAGAUAAACGUUUAAAAGAAAACCCUGAUCAAUAUCCUCGCAUGGUUUAUAAGAUGUUUAUUUUGAUGAUAGCUCUGAUCUCUAUAUUCUUUUGUAUCGUAUGCAUCUUUUCGUUAUAUUUUUCAGUUUUUCAGUUUCGAUCUUUGCAACACCUCACAUCACAUACCUCAUUAUUCAAUGACUUAGAAACAUCUUGGUCAUCUGCUUUUGGCAACAGUAGUGUUUCAUCAUUAUUUGCCCAAUUUAAAGGACCUCAACAUUCGCAAUAUUCAAUAUUUAUCAAUCCUAAUCUACCUAAUAAUUAUCCACUAUAUCCUCCACAUGCUCAUAAUAUCCCCAAUUCGAAUGGAACUCUAUUAUCUACACCACACAUAUUUGAGGGCCCAAAGAGAGAGGAAGAUAAUUUGAAUUUCGUGGGAGAUCAAAAUUUUCCAUAUGGAGACCAUGACAAUAGUGAAUCGUCAGCUAAAGAAGUCUUAAUAAUAGAGAAAGACUCUGAUAUCCUAAACGGAACAUUAUCUCUUUUUAACGUAACUGGCGGUGGACAGAAUAAAGAAAAAAUGCAAAGCUUACAUGGCUUAUUAAAACAAGCCUUAAUGAGUAAAGCGCAUCCUUCUUGCUCCCAAAUGUUGGUUGUACCUUGCUUAAUAUUUCCAUACAACGGAACGGUUAUGCCUAAUAUGUUUGGGCACAGAACUCAAACCGAGAUUUGGAACAAUCUAAAGAUUUAUAGCACUGUAUUUAAUUUGGGUUGCCACCCCAUGGCAUUUCUAUUCUUUUGCUCGAUUUUAGUGCCAAGAUGUGGGUCUGACGGGGCAGCGAUCAUGCCUUGUAGAAGCGUAUGUGAAGAUGUUAUGCAACAUUGUUCAUUCUUUUUCGACGUGUUUUAUAUUCCAUCCGUUCCCAUUGAUUGCAGUACUUUGAAAGAGAGUCAGGACUCCUAUGUGUGCAUUGGAGGACGUGAGCUUAAACAACUUCAGCAAAAAAAAUGCGAUACGGGUUUAGUUUGCGACACUAACCGUUGUAUUAAUAAAAGUUGGGCUUGUGAUGGAAAUCGGGAUUGUCAGGAUUUGAGCGAUGAAAAAAAUUGCACUACAAAAUAUAUCGAUAUAGCUCUUUCAGAGAAUGAUGACAAGAAAAACUUAGAAUACGAUAAUGUAGUUAACUCUUUAAAUGCUCCAUGGAAUGUUAGAGAAGAUAAUCUCAAACAUGCCUUCGAUUCUUCAAUUUUAUUAUACGAAAAAAUCUUAUUCAACGAUGAAUCAAUAGCUCUAUCCUUCGUAUGCACCGACUACAAUAAUAACAUAACCACAAGUUUCAAUGAAAAAUGCUUAGAGAUGGGUUUCAACAAAACCUUAUAUUAUGGCUCAACGUGGAGAAACCUGCUAACUAUGUCCUCCAUUAGUAUUCCCAAAAAUUCCUAUCCUAGAUUGACACUUAACAAAGAUCCCAACAUCAAUACUCUUUUAAAUAAGAUCAAAUACAAUCAUACAGUUUGUCAAAAUGGUAAACCUGAGCACUUGUUUGAAUGCAAACAGCCCGUUUGUGGGAAAAUUUUGCACAAUCCUUUAAAGAAAAUGAGAUUAUCUCGGAUAAUAGGGGGGAAAAUUUCAAACAUAGGAUCUUGGCCUUGGUUAGCCUCCAUAUACGGGGGAGAAAAAGAAGUCUAUUUUUGUAUCGGAAGUAUAAUCCAUAGGAGAUGGAUUCUAACAGCUCAUCAUUGUAUUGGAAACCAAUCUAAUAUGGAUCGUUUUUUGAUCAAAAUAGGAGACGAUAGGCGCACUGCUUACAGCGAUUAUAGGCAAACUUUUAGAGUCAUUAAAAUUAUACAACACAAGGCAUACGUUAAAAAUAUCAACGAAAAUGAUAUCGCAUUAUUGAAAUUAGACAAAGAUAUUCGUUUUAAUUCGAGGAUCCAACCCGUAUGCUUACCAGAAUUCAAAUAUUACCCUGAAGAGGGAACAUUCUGCCAAGUAGUUGGAUGGGGAAGAACCAAAACGAAAGAUACGUUUCAAUAUUCCAACCAAAUACGUCAGGUAAAAGUCCCAAUAUUAAGCAAUUACGUUUGCAAUGAAUGGUUAAAAAAGUCCGAGGCGGAGAUUAAAGAUACUAUGUUAUGCGCGGGCUACGAAGAAGGCAAGAAAGAUGCAUGUCAAGGAGACAGCGGUGGACCAUUAUUAUGCAAAAAUGAUAGAGGCCAGUGGGAAAUUCAAGGGAUCGUAAGCUGGGGAAUCCUCUGCGCCGAACCCAAGCUUCCUGGCGUGUAUACUCGCGUUCCGAUGUACGUAGAUUGGAUCUUACAUAACAUACAAAAUAAAUAGUCAUGAAGUUAUAUUCAUCCGAACAACUAAAUAAAUAAUUUUUAAUGUUUUGUGAUUUGUAUAUGGUCGUAAAUUUUAAACAUAUCAUAAUUUAU